AGGUUAGGAGAAUUGGGAUUUGUUUCAAGCCGGACAUUAAAGUUGUUGUACACGCGGUUCACUUGAAAGACAAAUGGCAUCAAGAAAACCUCCAUCUGUUCCCUAAAGUCAGAAACCUACGCUUGGAGAUUCAAAAAGUUCCAAAGCUGUGAGUGAAAACAACAAGAGCAACAACAGUGGAACUGGAAACACCAGCAAAGGCAACAGCAGUGGAGCUGGAAAGAAAUUACAUCUGCUGAAACAAUAGUGAAGUCUUGAUUUCUGCAACCUGUUGAAAAGGCACCUCUCGCCAAGAACAAUUCCCUCACCAAUGAGUCCACCUUCGUGCCACCAAGGCCUGCCCCACCUAAACCAGGUGGUGUUAAACCACAGGUGGGCUCUCCCGCAAGGCGUUCUAUGGCUCCUCAGUCAUUUCGCAAUCCUACUCACAAGACGUCUUACCAAACGCAGCAGUAGAUCCUGAACGAAACGAUGAACACGAAAAGAUACUCUAGAGAUGCAGACAUUCUUGUUGGCCUACCUCACAGCAAAGAUGGAGAAUAAAAGCCAGAAAUUGAAGGCAGGGGUGGGGGGCGUAUUUGAUCAGUGAUGGAGGAAUAGGAGCAGCUACGGAAGGAAGUCCAUGAGAAGAAGUGCCAGUACCACCUCCUGGAGAAGAACAAGCAGCUGGACGACCUGCUCGAUAUACAGGUCAGAGAUCACAGCACUAACUCCUGUGGCUGAUGCUAUCAAGCAGUUCACACAGGAAUACAAGCCUUUUGCCACCACAGUCAACACCCACGUCAUGAGCUGCCAGUGAAGAACUUCUUCAUUGAGGGGGACAGAAUGACAUUUCUGGAUAAAGCCACUGCUAGCCUGAAGGAGAGUGAGGAAGUGUUACUGCAGUGCACACAGGGAGCUCAGCAUGACAAUGAGAAAUCUGCUGAGUGCCGAAGAGGGAUGAAAACUGCUGCACAGGACAUCAGUGAACAGCUCUCAGGGGGUCUUUCAGAGUUGUUGGAGCUGUCAUCACUGGUCAGUCGCCAGAUGGUUCGGAUUCAGCAGGCCUUAGAGGAGGAGGAGCUUUGCUUGACCAAAGAGUGCCCCAAACAGUGAAGCAGCAUUGGAGAACAUAGUAUAGCAUUUCCCACUCCAGAAGGAGAGGACAGCCCGUGGAAAGGGAGUGGAGGCAACACCACAACGAGGGGGUAUGGCGAGAAGUACAAGAGGAGAGGAAGCAGGAGUCUGUCCCCAGGGGUGUCUGCCUGUCUAUGUGCCCUGUCCGCGAGCUGCAGGACAGGGAGGCCCAGAACUUACUCCACCGAUUUGAGGUGUUGGCGGGCACCGAGCGAGAACACUGGCCCAGAGCUGACCCCUCGAGAGUGGUCAAGGAGUAUGCUAGACCUGCAGCAGGGAAGGACUCCACUCGACCUAGUGACCUGCGACCACCAGCUGUGCUGCUAAAGACUGUGUUCUACCUCAUCGACAACAUCGCUGCCUCCCCCACACUGCGUCCAUGGACAGAGGUGUAUGACUUUGUCUUUGACCGGCUGCGCAGUGUGAGACAGGAUAUGAUCAUCCAGAGGGUGUCUGGUGCUGACUGUGUGGCCGUGCUGGAGAGGACGAUCCGCUUCCUGAUCUACGCCUCCUACCGGCUGUGUGGGGAGCCCCUGCGCCUCUACGACCCGCGCAUCAAUGACACCCACCUGCAGGAGAGCCUCAGCUGGCUGCUGGACUGCUACACCAGUGGAAAGCACCCCAACCAGGAGGAGUUCCAGGCCCUCGGUCUCCUCUACAACCUGGGUUCAAGUCAUGCCACACAGCACACCAUGGAGCUGCCAGAGCGGAUACGCUCCUCCCCUGUCAUGCGUCUGGCCCUGUCAGUGAGCCGGGCCUUCAUGGAGCGCAACCCUGUACGACUCUUCCGAUUGGCCCACAGCCUGAACUUCCUGCAGAGCUGUGCCCUGCACCGGCACCUAGAGGCCUGUCGCAGGGACCUGCUGCUACUCUACAGCCACGGACACAGCAGCAAGAACUGCCGCUUCCCCCUCCACAAGCUGGCCCACAUCCUGGCCCUAGACGUCCCCCUCACCACCCAGCUGUGCCAGGCCCACGGGGUGGAAGUCCACGGGGACUCUGUGGUCUUCUCCAAGACCUCCUUCACUGAGCCAGAGGCUGGGAAGCUACAGUGUGCACACUUUCAUGAACUGGUGGACAGGAAGCAGAGUGAUCUCACUGUUGGUAGCAUCAUUCACGGCUGCACUUGAUAUGAACAGACAUGGACAUUGGAUAAACUGCGGCCUGCCUGCUCCAAGAAGACUGAUAUGCUCUUGAUUUGAUUGAUUUUUAAGUUGUUUUUUAAAUAAACUUGUUUUAAUGUGAAUUGUGAAUGUUACGAUUUAAUGGUGUUCCCUUAACAUCGAUACCUGUUACAUUUACACAUAAUGUUGUGUGAUUAUAAAGUUGCUUUUUUAUACAAAUCAAACAUUUCAUUAUGACAGAGAUCACCCGAUCAUACAAGAAAUGUAUGUGUAAUUUAGAAAACACACGUAUUGCCAUGUUUUAUAUACUGUAUAAUUGUUUUUGACUUCUGCUGCCUAUGGUUUUAAAAUAAAGCAACUAUUUUUGAAGAA